AUGUCAACUAAGUUAAACACUCUAACGCCAACUGGACCAGGCGAUCUUAUGUCAACAGAACCAAGCAUUCAAAUGUCAAUGGAACCAACCAGUCAAAUGUCAACUGCGCCAAACAAUCACAUGUCAACUGGACCAAACAUCCAUAUGUCAACUGGAUCUAACGAUCAAAUGUCAACUGAACCAAACAUUCAAAUGUCAACGAAACCAACCAGUCAGAUGUCAACUAGCCUGACCCACCAAAUGUCAACUGGAUCAAUGCAUCUAACAUCGACUGGACCAACCAAGCAAAUGUCCACUGGGCCAACCACCCAACCAUCCACUGGCUUAACCACCCAACCAUCCACUUGGCCAACCAUCCAACAAACAACGGCAAAGGAUCUUGUACCUCCACCACAGCCAACUCAUCAUCAACUCACAGAGCUCCUUUCAACGGAUGGGUUCGAACCUCAAUACUUACCGGAAGAACCCGUCUCUGUUGACGAGACCCACACGGAUGACCCGUGUACUGUCACUGUACAUGAUCUUGAUGUUAUCUUUAAUUGCUCUGGACGUCAUCUGAAUGAUCUUGACGAUUUGAGAUUUCCAAGGGAGAUAACUUAUCUUUAUUUAGAUCACAACAAAGUUGACGUUGUGCCGAAAGCAACAUUCAACCAUUUAGAAAACCUUCGCGUUUUGAAUUUGUCGUACAAUCGAAUUCAGUUUAUUGACCCAAACGCUUUUGACGGACUUAUAAAUUUAGAAAUUUUAAGUUUAGAAUUCAAUCAGCUUUCAAUGUCGGGUAAAAGUCUCCCGCCAAAUAUAUUUUCACAACUGACUAACUUGAAAGACCUUGGUCUGUUGCAAGGGAACCAGUCCAACACUGACCAAUACCCAAACGAUUUAUUCUCGCCACUGAUCAAUCUUGAACACCUCACCUUAGACACAGCCGGCGAGACCUUGAACUUCAACAAGCAGUUUCAAAAUCUAACUCACCUAAUUCGUCUAGAACUUUCAGGUUCUGUUAAGGUUAUAUCGGAAACCAGUUUCUCCAAUCUCCAAAACCUACAGGAGCUCACAAUUUCCGGUCUUCCGAAUAUUCAAAACUUCAGCCGCUUUUCUUUCUCGCCGCUGACAAGACUGCGAAUUCUAAAAAUAGCCCGCGUGUAUAUCGGCGUCCGUCGCAUCCUGUCCCUGUUCGCGCCAUUCGUCAACAAAACGAUGCGGCUCAUCCAUCUCGACUCAGUAUACCUCAACUCUUCUUCCGAUGCUGCGCAGAUUUUGUCCAAAAAUGAAACUUUCCUUUCAGGAAAAAUGACGAAGUAUCUAAGAAAAAUUUGCGUUGAGGAGUUUGUCUUACACAACGGUAACAUCUACAAUGUUAAACCGGAAGCGUUCGCGAACGCGCCGGUUUGGGACCAGUGCCUGAAGAAGUUCGACCUGUCUUUCAAUCCUAUUGUUGGGACCGCUUUUGGGUUCGCUCAUAUCAUUAAGCUGAAGAGAUUGGAGUCUUUCAUCGUGUCAGAUGUCUUCAGAGCAUGUUAUGACUCGCAGCCGUUCAAAGAUUUUCCCGUGCCGGUUCACAAAACGGAAGUGGAUUUCUCACGUGACGGAGAGGCGUCCAAACGAAAAGUGAGGUCACUAGCAGACGACAAUACCGGAAAUAUUUUUUCAACAGGAUCUAACCUGGCUUUCAAUUCAAAAAAUUCUAAAAGAUCUCUUCCAAAUUUUAUAAACAAGACCAAUAAUUUUGUUUUGCCAAUAAAAACAGAGGAAAAACGGAACCGGAAAUUUAUCGUAUCGCUUUCUACAUCCCUCCAGAAGAUCGUCUGCAAAAGGUUUAUCGCGUCCAAUAACAUGAGGGUAGACAUAACAUUUCUUAACAGCCAGAACAUCCGACUUUUUGAUUUUGAAGACAGCGGCUUCUACGAUUUUACCGGCAGUAUCGUUGGUUUGACGGGUUUAGAAACAAUCAUCUUAUCUGGCAACUACAUGGCUAACCUAGCACCGACAUUCUUUGAUUCCAUGACGAGCGUUCAAAAACUGGCCAUGUCAAAGUGUAAUUUGAAUGUACAUUUCAUGUCAAAAUCAAGCGGAAGAAUUGUGGCCAAUUUGGCAACUCUAAAACAACUUGACUGGUCGCAAAAUUCCUUGGUAAUGCUCGCGCCGGGUACAUUCUCAAAAAACAGCCAAAUAGAAUAUUUAAACCUGGCCAAAAAUAAAUUCAAGCAUUUUCCUUUCGAAAUUAAAAACACGCCGCUGUUGCAGAAAUUAGAUUUGCGAUUCAAUUCUAUAGCGACAAUCGACAGCCGGUACAGGGAUGAGCUUGACAAUUUGGCUAACAAAUUCGGCUCGUUUUAUCUGUAUUUAUCUGGCAAUAUACUCUCCUGCAGCUGUCAGAAUCUCCCGUUUUUACAAUGGCUGAGACGUACAUGGGUCGUGUUAGACAAUGGAGGGAACUACACCUGCAUGAGUAAAGACGGCACCCUGACCUACACGGCAGACUACUACAGCAUGGAUAUUCUAUGGCGGAUGUGCUGGUCUCAGUUCUUCUUUUCCUUGUCGCUCAUUAUCUUGUGUAUCAUCGUCAUCGGUUUCAGCUGCGUCUUCCUCAUCACCAGAAACAAGAAUUCCAUCCGGUCGCUGGCGUUACAGCUACUUGCUGGUUUUGAAAUCAAAUCAGCCAGCGAUUACAAAACCGGAGUGUUUUUAGGCUACGCGGAUUGCGAGUAUCAAUUCCCGUGUACGGAGUUGAAAGAUUACAUCGAGGACUCUCUCGGUUUGAGUACCUACAUAAGCCACCGUGACCUACUUCCGUCAGCAACGGUAGCCAGCGCUAUAGUAGACGCCAUUAACGCGAGCUGGCGAGUUGUUUUAGUGUUCAGUCAAAGCUUUAUACAAGACGACGAGUGGUCUUUGUUUACUAUCCGGUCCGCGAUGUACUCGCAGACGCCAGCUAACCCUGAACGAGUUAUCGUUCUUGUGCUGGAGGAGCUGAGGCAUCGACUGCCCAGCGAUCUGCUGGGGGAAGUCGCAGACGAUAAUAUCGUCGUUCUGCGAGACUGGAAGCUGGACGCCGACACGAGGCGGAAACUGUCGAAUCUUUUGCAGUCAAGUUGUGUCCCACGUCUGGGAAAAUAUCGUUAGUUGAAAAUGUAACAGAGUUAGUCAUACGUCAUAGCAUGGAUUAGAAUCGUCAUAAUUUUACCAAGUGGGUGCCCAGGAAACUAGUUUCUAUUGAAAAGGUUCAUUACAUUUGAAGGUAGAAUGUAUACAAUAGAAUACUGUGCUGAAAAAAAUAUUUCAUUGUAUUACAUUUUUCAAGACCGAAUGCACGACAUAAUCAAUGAAUGUUAUAGUAUAAAUGUAAUAAGAGUAAACAUUUUCACAUAAUAAAUGGCAUAGAAUAACUGUCAUUGGAUAAAUGUAUUACAUUGAAUGUCAUAGAAUAUUUGUUACAUUAUAAAUGUCAUGGUAUACAUAUAUGAUAAAUGUCAUAGUAUAAAAGUCAUAGUCUAAAUCUCAUAUGAUAAAUGUCAUAUAAUAAAUGUCAUAGUAUAAAUGUCAUACAAUAAAUGUCAUAGGAUUAAUGCCACAGAAUAAACGAAACACUUUUCAUUAUGACUGACAAUAUAAGUCUCGGAACAUACUCGAAUACACCACAGACUCUUAAAUGUUCAGAAAGUUUAUUUUGUAAUAAAUGCUCAUGAGUCUUUUU